ACUAAAAAAAAGUGAAGAAAAUCAGAUUCUAUUAGAUAUUGCAUUGAUACGUAACCGGCGAUUGUUAAAUUGUAAUGUGAUUCACCGAGGACUGAGGUAGUGACUUGUAAAACCUUUAAUUCUAUCGGAGUAACAGGAAAAAUGGGGCGGAAAGUGACUCUUGCUACUUGCUCCUUAAAUCAGUGGGCUUUGGACUUUGACGGCAACUUGGAGAGAAUACUAAACAGCAUUGAGAUUGCAAAAGCAAAUGGAGCCAAAUACAGACUGGGGCCAGAACUGGAAAUCUGUGGCUAUGGCUGUGCAGACCACUUCUACGAAUCGGAUACAUUACUCCACUCGUUUGAAGUUCUUCAGAAGCUAUUAGAAUCCCCCAUCACCCAGGACAUCAUCUGUGAUGUUGGGAUGCCCAUCAUGCAUCACAACAUACGAUACAACUGCCGGGUGAUUUUCCUCAACAGACAGAUCCUGUUGAUUCGGCCAAAGAUUGUGAUGGCCAACCAUGGCAACUACAGAGAGAUGCGUUGGUUUUCACCCUGGACCAAGUUGAGGACAGUAGAGGAGUACUUCCUGCCCAGGAUGAUCCAGCUGGUCACAGGACAGGAUACAGUCCCAUUUGGGGAUUGUGUGCUCUCCACCAAGGAUACAUGCAUUGGUACAGAAAUGUGUGAAGAGCUUUGGCACCCCACGAGCCCUCAUAUUCAGAUGGGCCUUGAUGGGAUUGAAAUCUUUACAAACUCCUCUGCAAGCCACCACGCGCUCCGAAAAGCUGGCCAGAGGAUCGACUUGAUCAAGUCAGCAACCACCAAGAGUGGCGGGAUCUACCUGUAUGCAAAUCAGAAGGGGUGUGAUGGAGACCGGCUGUAUUAUGAUGGUUGUGCCAUGGUGGCCAUCAAUGGGGACAUUGUGGCACACGGAUCACAGUUCUCUUUGAAUGAUGUGGAAGUGAUCACAGCCACUUUGGACCUUGAAGAUGUACGCUGCUACAGAGGAGAGUUAUGUCGUCUGCAGAUGGGAAGUGACUCCAAACCCUCCUGUAGGAUCAAAGUAGACUUUUCUUUAUCCAGUAAUGAUGAUAUCUGGCUCACCUCCCACCAACCAAUUACAUGGAGCUUCCAUACACCAGAGGAAGAGAUCAGCCUUGGACCGGCCUGCUGGCUGUGGGACUACCUCAGGAGGAGUGGACAGGCUGGAUUUCUGUUGCCGCUAAGUGGGGGUGUUGACAGCUCCUCAACAGCUUGUAUCGUCUACUCCAUGUGUGUGCUGGUCUGCAGAGCUGUAGCAAACGGCAACAAGCAGGUGCUGGAAGAUGUUCGUAGGAUAGUUGGAGAAGAAUCCUACUUCCCUCAGCAGCCAAGGGAGCUCUGUGGUCAUAUCUUCACCACUUGCUACAUGGCCACUGAAAACUCAUCACAGGACACUUGCAACCGUGCCAAAGAGUUGGCCAGUCAGAUUGGCAGCACGCAUAUGAAUGUAAAUAUCGACAUGGCAGUGAAAGGUAUUCUGGGUGUCUUCUCGAUGGUCACUGGGAAGUGGCCUGCAUUUCGUGCCAAUGGUGGAAGCCACAGGGAAAACUUGGCAUUGCAGAAUGUACAGGCCAGGGUCAGGAUGGUGCUGGCCUAUCUCUUUGCCCAACUAAGUCUGUGGACUCGGGGAAAAGCAGGAGGGUUGUUGGUGCUGGGCUCAGCCAAUGUCGAUGAGAGUCUGACAGGCUAUUUUACAAAGUACGACUGUUCCAGUGCUGACAUCAACCCCAUUGGGGGCAUCAGCAAGAAUGACCUGAAGACCUUCCUACUUUAUUGCGUGGACCACUUCCAGCUCACUGCUCUGAAAAGCAUCAUGGCUGCUCCACCCACAGCUGAACUCGAACCUCUGGCUGAUGGACAGGUGGCACAGACAGACGAGGCUGACAUGGGGAUAACCUACUCACAGCUGUCAGUCAUUGGUCGACUCAGGAAGAUCUCUAAAUGUGGACCUUUCAGUAUGUUCUGCAAACUCAUUCACAUGUGGAAGGAUGUGCUGUCACCCACAGAGGUUGCCCAGAAGGUGAAGCACUUCUUCAGGAUGUACUCUGUCAACCGCCACAAGAUGACCUCAGUGACUCCAUCCUACCACGCUGAGAGCUACAGCCCCGACGACAACCGCUUUGACCUCCGACCCUUCCUAUACAACACGCGCUGGGACCGACAGUUUCUCUCCAUUGACAGUCAGGUGUCCAAGAUGGCAGCAACCAUGCCAAAGUCGUAGGGCAUUACCAGUGUGCAGCAGUUCACAUAUGUUAUUCAGCGGGACUACGACUGCUGCAGAAAGAGAUUUGCAUCAUCUGGAAAAAAUUCAUGUCCUAAAUGAAUACCCAUUCUACAAUGUUGCUUUUUUCAAGUGAAUUUAGGGAAAAUUUAGGGAAAAAUGAUUCAAUCUUCCUUGUAAAUUCUAUUUGCAAACUUCACAAACUUGAUCUUCACACAGCCAGGUUGCAUCUUGAAUGGAACUGCAGCAGUUGGGCAGCAAACCAACUGAAGCCUAGGUAUCGAUCAAUAUUGAUACCCACGUUGGGAUCGAUCCACUCAUUUUAGUGGCACAGGUUGCUUUGACCUCACCCUUCCACCAGAUGCCGCUAACGAUGCUUUUCACUGAAGCGCCAAAGCACCCGAUCUGUUCCGGUACAAUUUGAAGGAAAGACUCAAACGCUUUCCAUUUGGGCGGGCGAAUUGUAUCGAUCUCACCAAAGUAAAGGCAGGGCACUUCAUUAUACAAAAAAAUAAUUUACAAUGUAGCACAUUAAACAAAAUAUUACACAUAUUGCAUUACAUAUUACACAAGAGGAGCAACUCAUUAUGGUGUUAUGAGGAGUUCAAAUAGAUUAUCACUUCCAAAACAACACUGUCCCUGCCAAGGCAAACCUUGAGGCUUUCUUAAUUAUAUUGUUAACUUGUUUAACCUCAAAACCAAAAUAGAGUGAAAUGUACCUGCUAAAGACACCUGCAGGUAAAAUAAAUAUAAAUUGCAGCCAAAAUGAUCUUUUUUAUACAUAAAUAUAUGAAACCACAAACUGAAUUGAUUAUUCAUUAUUGUGCUCCCUUCACAAUAUACUUCAUAUAUUAUGCAGAAGACCAAACUCCCUACCAAGAAAUGUAUAUACUUAAUUAUCUUAAGUCAACUGUUUGGAACACAAGUUUAAGCUGGCAACUACACCACUAAAGCUCACUCAAAAACUACAAUUAAAAGUCAUGUAAUCGAAGACGUGAACCCGGAAAUGAUAACCAAGCCGAAGUUUCCUGUUUAUAUUAGCGCCUGACACAAAGAGCCAAUCAUAAGUUUUCUUCUUGUACUGCUUUGGCUUGAUUGGUGCUUGGCAUCAUAGUACCUCUUGCAGCCAUUGGCCACAGAAGGGAACACUACUGGUUGCGUAAUUUUGUCACUUUCAUGAAUAAAAACAUGCACAUUACGCUAUUUCAAUGUGGAAUUGAUUCGCUGGCAAAACAUUUAUUUUCACUUAAAAAAAAAACAACGCAGCGCCGCUUAGGUGGAGUUGUGUGAUCAGGACUCGGAAGUCGAUGUAAAGCAGUGGUGGGCAAUACGGCUAAUUAUGGGAUAGAUUCGAUACCAAGGAUAAUGUUGUAAUU